GCCAGCACUUCGCACACGAUGAAGCUCGCCUUCUCCUCCCUCUUCGCCCUCGCUGCCGCCGGCAUUGCGGCCGCUGCUCCCACGGCGCCCGUGCGCGCCUCGACGCCCUCCAACGAGCUCGACUCGGUGUCCAACGCCAACUGCACGCGGCAGACGUACACCGUGACGUCCUCCAACGCCAUGCGCACGCAGUUCAACGUCGAGGCCAUGGGCAACCCGGCGGGCAACCAGACGCAGACGACGCAGCUCUUCCUCGAGUUCAUCACCGACCAGAGCGGCUUCAUGUCGCGCUACGUCACCGGCACGCAGGCGCAGACGCAGGACUUCAACAUCAGCGGCGUCUUCUGCGAGCCGACGGGCCAGCGCAACGAGAAUGCCGCGGUGCAGCUGCUGCUGCACGGCAUCGGCUUUGACGGCAGCUACUGGAACUUCCAGGGCCAGAACGUGUCCGAGGAGCAGUACUCCUACGUCUACAACGCCGCCGCUCGCGGCAUCUCGACGUUCCGCUACGACCGCAUCGGCACGGGCUCCUCCGAGGCGCCCUCGGACGUGUUCAACGUCGCACAGGCCGCGACCGAGGUGGGCAUUCUCGAGGCGGUGGCCGAGAAGCUCAAGAACAGCACCGAGAUCGGCGGCCGUGCGUGGAACCGCACGCUGCUCGUCGGCCACUCGUACGGCUCUGCCCAAUCGCAGGCGCUCUCCGUAGCACGCCCCGAGCUCGUCGACGGCAUCAUCCUGCAGGGCUUCAGCGCCAACGCCACGGGACUGCCCUUCUACCUCGCCGCAACGGUAUACACCGAGGCCUCGCAGGUCUUCCCUCGUGCUCUCGCCCGCUUGCCCCCGGGCUGGCUUGUCACCGCCACGCCCGCGUCGAACCAGCUGCCUUUCGUGUGGGCGCCGACCGCCGAUGCCUCUGCCGUGGCGUUGGCGCGCAACACGGAGCAGGCCGUGACGCAAGGAUCACUCUUCUCCAUCGGCUCCAUUGGCGGCCCCAGCAACUUCACCGGCCCCGUGGCCGUCGUGCUGGGCGACAAGGACUUCAUCUUUGCGCUCAACGACAUCCAGGGCCCCAACGGCACCAACAAGGCGCAGGCGGCCGCCAGCAUGCUGUACGCACAGAGCUCCAACGCCACCGGCAUCGUGCUGCCCGACGUCGGACACGCCGUCAACAUCCACCGGGGCGCACAGCAGGCGUACACGCAGAUGCUCGACUUUGCCGCUGUCAACGGCCUCGCUUAAGCGAUCGUGUCCUUCUCAUCUCCUCUCCGUGCCCCCCUGUAUUACCUUACUCAUCGCUCGUCUUCUCUAAUAGCGCCUCGCACUCUGUCGAAGGCCGCAAUUGCAUCUCC